AACCAAUGGACGGCCACGAAACAAAUUUCUGUAUCGGAAUUAACCAAUGAGGCGCGUGGUUGCGUAGUGCUGUCAUUGUGCUGGUAUUCUCUCCGUGCAACGCUUGGACAUAAUGACCACCCUUGACGAUAAAUUAUUGGGAGAGAAGUGUCAGUAUUACUACAGCAGCAGUAGUGAUGACGAGGACAGCGAGCAGGAUCGCAAAACGCAAAAUGGCUCUAUCAGACACUCUGAUGGGGAUAGAGAGGAGGGUGUGAUCAAUACAGGUCCUAAAGGAGUCCUUCAUGAUUGGCGUCGUUAUAAACAGUUGGAAACAGAGCAAAAUCAAGAGCAACAAAAAGAAAUGGAACAACUUAUUAAAAAGUUAUCAGUGACUUGUAAGUCUCAGCUUGAUGAACAAAAGGACAAGCAAAAACAGAAAGAGCUUGAAGAAAAAAUACACGGAAAGACAACGAUGCUGGAAUACAACAUGCGAAGUGAUGAAGAUGAUGAGGACUUUUUACAACAAUAUAGAAAACAAAGAAUAGAGGAGAUGAAGAAACAGCUAUGCCACUCACAACUAUUCAAAUAUGUCUUCGAUAUUAGCAGUGGUGAAGAAUUUCUGGAUACCGUUGAUAAGGAACAUAAGAAUACUCUUGUGAUGAUUCUUAUUUAUGAGGACGAUGUCCGUGGCUCUGAAUCAAUGAAUGGCAGCAUCAUCUGUCUGGCCAAUGAAUAUCCUGGAGUCAAAUUUUGUAGAGUAAAAAGUUCACUUCUUGGCACGAGCACUAAAUUCUCAGAGAAUGCCCUUCCAGCAUUGCUUGUGUAUAAAGCAGGAGAAUUAAUAGGAAAUUUUGUUCGGAUAACAGACCAACUUGGUGAUGAUUUCUUUGCUGUUGACCUUGAAGCAUUCUUGCACGAAUGUGGUUUACUACCAGAAAAGGAUGUUGUGCGAUCUUCUAUUUGUGAUCCAACCAUUGAAUGCUAUAGCGAUGACAGCGACUUAGAAAUAGACUAAGCAUAACGAAAUGUGUAUACAAUACAAUUCCUUGACAACAUAUCUAAAUUAGAAUAUGGUUUACCUUUUGACCUAAUAUUUAAGAGUACAUAUUGUUUAGAUUGAUAAAAUGAUCAAUAAAUGUAUAAUUGGUUUUAUUAAACUAGAGUUGUUUUUUUAUCCUAUAAAACUAUUAAAGAUGUCAUAGUAUGCUAUUCAUAACAGCUGUUAUUGAAAAUGAAUAAACAUGGAAUUUUGGCACAAA